AAUAAUAAUAAGAAUUAAUAUCGAUAAUAUUACAAUAUUAAUAUUAAUAAUACAGUAAUGUAGGACAAUAUAUACAUACUACCAAACACCAUUGUAGAUACAUUUCUAAAAAUAUCUCGGAUAUCAGAUGCGCUCUGUAUCAACAGCUGGAGGUAAGUUGCCAUAGCUACGCGCUUCAUAUGAAUAUGCCCUCAUUGUCAAUACAACAUGUAUUAUAUAUCCCAGUGUGUAACUGUCACUCGAAUUACUUAAAACUCAGAUAUUAUGGUCUUCACUGCCACACCGAGCUCCGAUAUAAUAUUUCCGUUGCGUCCUGAUGAUUAUGGUUGUCCCUUUAAUCUAUAUUGUGCCGCCAGUAACUUGUGCUAUCGUCUCCGUGUUAUUUCUCCUAUUUGUUUACGUCAUAUUGCGUUGGAAUAGGCGAGGAGAUAAUGACGAAUUUAUGAACCAGGAAAUCAUAUUGAAACAAGCGCUCAUGUCAACCACUGAAAUCGUUAAAAAUGUUGGAACUGAUUAUCUGAAGCUUCCUUCAAACGGCCUGUCGCGGUCAAGUUCCUCAAGCUCAUUCCUUGACAACAGUCCAAUUGAGUUCACGCUGCCAACCAAUGAGGUCAGAAUAAAGCUAUGCGACUCAUGCGUUGAUGGGUGCCAUAACCAUCAGCAUGACAUAGGAGAGAUUGAACCGAUGCUUUAUCAAUUUUCUGAUGACGAUCAUCAAGACAGUGCAUUGCCGCCAAGUUCGACCGGACGGCUUUGGUUUGCAGUUAUAUAUGAUCCGACAGUUGAGCAGCUUAUCGUAAACUUAGCAAACAUUACUUAUCCCCCUUGCAAAUCCAGGAGAAAUUCAUCACGUGAUGUAUUUGUCAGCUUAUUCGUUCAUCCGGACUUUGAAAAUCACAGACAAUCGAAAAUAAGACGAAAGAGUAAGACGCCAUCAUGGAACGAAGAGUUUGUUUUCCAGAUUCCUCCGAACGAAGUCAGAUCUCGUCGGCUUCGGUUUUCUGUUUGUGAAAUAGAUCGACGCCGUAAUCGAAAGUUACUCGGUCAAGUCGUCGUCAAUCUUGCUGAAAUUAGUCUCAAUAAGACCGACUUAAUUUGGCGGGAUCUACAAGUUGACUACCAAGCUGCAUUGGAUCUUGGAAGAAUACAAUUUUCUUUGUGUUUUACACCUGAAAACCACAAAUUGAAAAUAGUCGUUCUUGAGGCAAAAGAUAUAAGAAAGAUGAUAUGCGAAGGUAUACAGAUCAAGGUUCAAUUAAUGCAACGCCGAAAGGUGAUCAAAUGCAAAAAGACUUCGGUAGUUCGUGGCACGUGUGAUCCGAUAUUCAACGAGGCGUUCGUCUUCAACAUUGCCUCGGAUCAUAUGGAGAUGACGAGCAUUAUGCUCAAGUUCGUCCGAUCUCCUUCCAGCAAGCUGGGCAGUAGUAGUCAUGAUUAUGGUUUCGUCAACACAGGACCAUUCAUGCUCUUUACCCCGGGCCUCUGCAGGAACCGGACCACGGGGCACAUGUCCCGGUUACUCCGGCCUCUUGGCGCCACUGAGAGUAGCACAAAUAUUCGUAUGACAAAUUAUGAAUAA